CUAACCAAUUGGUAGCCGAGAGGUUUCGUCGAUAUGUUAAUGUCAGUCACACAUAACAGAUUUCAAGGACGGGUUAGAUUCCCAGUGAAGGCAUAUAAAAAAUUACACAAAAAUUAAAGCUUUAAACCAUUGGUUAGAUUAGUUUAGGGAGUAUACAUCAGCACCUGAUAGUCUUGUUCUGUCUUUUCUCAAUAAUCGGUUGAAUUUACUGGAUCCCGCUAGCAUACAUAACAUAAUACAUUGUUAUGUUAUUAGAAUUCAAGAUUUUUUGUUUAAACUUUGUUUAUACUAGUGUCCCUUUCUAAACAAGGCAGUAAUUCAAACAUCUUGAAAUUGUUGUGAAGUAGGAUGUCUGUAUUAUGGAAUAUAAGUUUGUUAGGAUUACUAUUACUGCCGGUAAGCAGUUUGUCUGAUGAUAAUAUGACAAAAACUUGUGCAGAAUGUGACUGCAAUCGAAUAGUUAUAAAUUGUGCAAAUAAUGGAUUAAACAGAUACCCAAAUUUCAGUUUAUAUGAAACCGUCAGAACAAUUAACUUUAGCCACAAUAAUUUUGAAUAUAUCCCAGACGCUUAUUUGUUACCUGAUCAACUACUUAUUUUGGACCUUUCGUUUAAUAAAAUCAAUAGAUCUGAAAACUAUUCAUUAUCAGAGUUAAAAACUCUUCAACAAAUUGAUUUGAGUAAUAAUAAUUUUCACUCGGUAUUGGACGGUAGAAAGUUACCGGAAUCAGUUAUUCAUUUAGAUAUGUCAGUGAAUAAGAUCAAUUCAUUCGGACGUCAGCCCUUUGCAAAUUCUAGAAGGCUUCGGGUUUUAGAUCUUCACCAGAACCUACUGAGUUACAACAGAACGGUAUUCCAACGAAAUGUCUUCAAUAAUCUGCAAAGUUUAACCGAUCUAAAUAUCGGUCAGAAUGGAUAUGACACAACUGAACCCGUGUAUCCUGAGGAAGUUUUUAAACACUUAAAAUCUCUCCGUACCUUAGUUAUUGAUGGCUUCUUGACCACAUCAUUUGGAAAAGUAUUUUCAGAAAUGAAAAAUCUGCAGGCGUUAUCUAUCAAUAAUCUAAUGCUGCCAAAUCUCGGAAUUGAAACCAUCACGGAAAACUAUUUUGAAAAUUUAUCUCAAAUAACUGCUUUAGACAUUUCAUUAAAUGGAAAGAUCUAAGAAGUUUAGAUAUAUCAUUCAAUUCGAUGUUAGGAUUUUGUGGUUUUCGUAAUAUAACACAAGAUUUACCAAAUACAGAUAUCAAAGUCUUGAAGGCAAAUCAAAUCUAUUGUCCAUACGGAUUCAGUACUAUUCUUUUCGUUGAUGACAUCAAACCACUUAAAGACACAAAUCUAACUGAAUUAUAUUUGGAUGGGAAUAGACUUGAGAUGACAGAGGAUCUAGCGCCGACUUACUUACCGAAAACUUUAAGGGUACUGAGUCUUAUGGGCAACCGAUUACGGUUAGACAAAUAUAAAGUAGACGGAAUUCUCACACUAACAGGUAUUAAUUCCUUAUUUCUGAGUUCUCAAGACCAAACCCAGUCGCAACAAGUACACUCUGGAUGGUUUGUUUGUAAUGAUUUCACAGAUACAAUUCAAUGUUUAUCAGACCGAAAAUCCAAUAAACAAUCUUGUAUGUUACAAAAACAAAAUGGAGGCGUAUCUUCACAACAACGUCAGGUCUCUUAUGAAUCCGACGAAUUCGGUUUGAUAGCUGAAACAUAUUCUUCCGAUGAUGCAAACUUUGUGGAUUCUGUCAAACAUCCAAGGACUCGAGAUAUCCAGUCGUAUCCACAUCUAACGGCUGCAGAUAUCCAACCAUACCCACCUCCCAACUGUACAUUUGAUCCCCGAAUCUCCUUUGUCAAUAUGAUUCCACCAAAUACAAAAUAUAUUUAUUUUGAAAGUUCUAACCUCGGUGAUAUAAUCAUUCCAAACUGGAUGAGCAAUGAUACGUUAGAAUACAUUUCUUUACGUGGAAAUAAUUUUCAGUAUUUUCAGGGACCAGUUUGUAAUGUUACAAACGUUAAGAUUUUAGAUCUUUCUGAAAACAUGUGUUUAAACAUCUACGCACAUUUUUUCAUUGGGUUCAUUAAUCUAGAAGAACUAUUCAUACAGGGAAAUUUACUUGGAGAUGCCAUGAAAACAUUUGAAAACGGCGAACUAUUUGAAAAGCAGUUGAAGUUAAAAAUUCUGAAUAUAUCUUCAAAUCGGAUAACUACAUUACCAAAAAAUUUUUUCGCUCAUGUUCCAAAUAUUAAAACUCUUGAUAUCAGCCAUAAUCUUCUGACUGACUGGAAUGUUACGAUUUCUCAUCUGUGGAAGCUUAAUGUUGUAGAUUUGUCCUAUAACCAGAUUACUUUCCUAUCAGAUAAGGCGAUGGAAAAGCUUGACAAAAUAACGUCACAAAAUAUACAAAUUAAAAUGAUGCACAAUCCUUUUGAAUGCUCUUGCGACUCUCUCUCUUUUCUUCUCUGGUAUAAAAAACAUCGAAAACGAAUGGGAUCGUAUUCAAAUGUAACUUGCAAGAAUAGUAAACGAGAACUGAUAUAUGUCAAAGAUGUGCUGUUAAGCUUACAGAAAAAGUGCAGUUCUAAAGUUGGAUUGAUUAUAGGAGCUGGUUUAUUUCUAUUUCUAUCACUUGGAAUGAUUUUCGGAGCUAUUGUUUAUAGAUAUAGAAUUAGGCUAAAGUAUUCGUUUCAUAUGUUUAAAAGACAAUAUUUUGGAGGUUACGAGCCACUCCAUGUCAUACAGAAUUAUACAUUUGAUGCAUUUAUCUCAUAUGCCGACAAGGAUCGACAAUUUGUAAUAAAUCGUUUGAUAGAAUUAGAAAAUAAAAAGGGAAAGAGAUUAUGUAUUCACCAUCGAGAUUUUAUACCAGGGAAUGAAAUUGCCGAAAAUAUUAUAAAUGGUAUUCACCAUAGCAGAAAGACCAUUUGUUUAAUAACACGUGAAUUUCUUAAGUCUGAUUGGUGUAAUUAUGAAUUUAACAUUGCUCGCAUGGAGGGAAUUUGUUCACGUGAAAGGAAAAACAUUAUAAUUAUUAUCUUAAUGGAAGAUAUUCCAUACAAACAAUUACCAAUCCGGAUAAUGGAAUUGAUAGUAGAAGAAACCUAUUUGAGUUAUGCAGACUGUUUGAAUGAUGAUGAUAGAUUUUUGGACUUGCUUGCGACGGCAAUUGAAAACUAAAUCAAAAGUAAAGCUAAAAGUAACUCGGUUUUAGACGCCAUAAAAACAGUAAACUGAUUUACAAUAUUUCUUUCAAAAUCAUAUACAAUCUAAAAAUAACAUUGUGACGCUUGAAGAAAUAUUGACAUGGAUAAUAUUGCUAAUUUAAAGCGGACGAUGUAUCUCUAUGUAAAUAAUAUAAUUAUUUUUUCUGAUUCGUAAUUUGAGUAUUUACCACCGACAGACUGUUUUCUUAUAUUUCGCCGCGAUAUAGUCUGUUUGUGUUGAGGCGGAUUAAAGCAACCACCAAUCAAUCGGUCAACUGUUGUAUUAUAUGGACAGAAUAUUAAUAUUAUAGAUAAGGAAAACAAUAAACCAACAUCUUUUAAUUAGUACAAUAAUUCAUACUGCUCAUUGACAGUUCUGAACAUCUGAAUUCCAUUAAAAUCUGUCUGUCUUCCAAAAGAGCCUUAUUGGGCACUACAGAGAUAAUACAAAGAAGCCAUAUCACCCAGUUAGCCAACUCUUCAAGCAGUCAGGCCGCAAACCCAUUAGAGACGCAUUUUAUUUCGACAACUGUACGAUUUAUUUUUUCAACUGAAAAGUCGAUUGGUUGUGAGAUAAGGUUAUCAAUUUUCAUUUACUGUUUUUGUCUUGAAUUCACCAAAACGAUGUGAGCACCCACAAAUGCAUGAUUUAUCCUCACUGAAAUUCAAGCAAAAAGUGUCCAGACAUUAACGGCAAUACUGCUAUCACUGUAUUUAGCGUUUUAAACCAGUCGACUCAAAUGGCUAUGUAAAACAUAGCUUUUGUUUGUAGAGAUAUGCCUUAAGGAUCUCGGCUCAUUGUAUCAAUAGUUCGAACUCAAAUUCAAAAAUCUAACAAAUGUACAAAAUGUGUAGUCUAGUAAACAGAGAAUAGAAAGCAUGACUGUCCGGCGGCCCCUAUGAACAAGCUUAUUGAAGACUUCCAAAGAUUGUUUAUCAUGUUUAUCAUGCUAUUCAAUGUUUGAAUAAUCUGUAUACAUUGUCUUAAAAUAUUGUGCGUAAUAUAUAAAAUGUGUUUUCAGCUGUGUAUUACCUUCACUAGUGAUCCAAUGGAUAUAUAUGUAAGACUCUGAACCGCGAUGGUACUCCAAACCGCGAUGGUCACGCUGAUGUGCGAUGAUUGGACGCUGAAGUGCGUUUUUGAUCAUGCUGAUGUGCGAUGGUUGGACGCUGAAGUGCGAUAAUGGCAUAGUUAUCUCGCUUCAUAAAGACCUUCGCACAUCAGCGAACGGACCAUCGCACUUCGGCGCAGACCAUCGCACUUCAUAGUGAUCAUCGCACUUCAGCGUCCGAAUCGCACCUCCGAGUCCUACAUAUAUAUAAAUGUAUGUUUUUCUACAUUGUUCGAAUACGCAAUACAUUUUCCAAUAAAUGUUUUUACGUUGUAGUAUCGUCACAUUGCUUGUAAAUAUAUAUGGCAUAUAUGUAUGGCAAUUAUUAUGAAGAAUUAUAACUUGUUGCUUUAGAAAACAUAGUGUAAUCUAUGUAUAUUACUUCUCAAACAUUUCAUCAAACUGAUUGUAUGUUAUUUUGCGAAAUUUUGUAAAAUCGACUGAUUGAGAUUAAAAUGGCGAGGUUGAGAUCUAUAAAUCUAUAUCAAAUCGGCCACAUAUGUAUGUGCUUGCCUCAAGUCAGGUUACUUAAAAUACAUGUAAAUGGUUUAAUUAUUUUGAUAAUUUGUUUUUGAUGGCAGCUCUUUCAUAGUUUCUGCUAAACUUAUUCAUAAUUUUUGUUAUUUCCUCAAAAAGAGAAUGACAAACUAUAUAAAGCUAACGUUGAGAAAAGAUGCACAUAGAAGUGUUAUGUCACAUUGGACUCGAAUGAAUUCCUCACGCUCCAACUUCGAUUUAUUUUCAAAUGGUUAUCAGGUUUAGUAUAUCUACAAUUCAAGCACAUUCUUCGGAUUUUUUGUUUGUGGGCUGGAAUUGUAUCUUCUUAAUCGAGUUAAAAGAUACUAACAUCAAUAAAAAACUAUGACCUACCUUUAUAUAAUUUCUUUAUCGAAAUACAGUUUAAGGAGUUAACGUGUCAAUUUAAAAGACUUCUACGUACUAAGUAUGCUUAUUUUGUUUCUUUCAUUAAAUAAAAAAAAAUCAUAAAACUAAACAUUAAAAGAUCUGGUUUCAAAAUGUAUAUACCUCGUUCAACUAACUAAACAAUGCCCGUUGUUUCCAUCACUAUUGUAACCGAUACAUAAAUAUUAAGAUUUAAAACACGCAGUCGCGUAAGUAUAAAAUAUAGUUACAAAUUGCUUUUUUUAAACCAAAGAAAUGCAAUCGUAAACCUGAUUUUGGUUUAAAAAAAAGAUAUUUAUUAUUUUUUAUGUAAGAUGUAGAAAACUGACAUGGUCUAUUUAUAUAAUGUAACUAUUGUUUAAUGUUGUGCUUUAUUCAUGUUGAAGAUAUAUUAUUUCAAAAAGAUUACAUUACAAUUUGAAAAAAAUAGGAGCCACUGGAUGUUCCAUUCUGACCUGGAAAUGAGAGGUUGCUUCCUGGCUAAUGUAGAAAUGUAAAUGUGAACAGUUUUGGAUUUGAAAAAGUUUAACGAAAUUAAUAACAUUUAUUCGUUUUUGUAGCCAGCGUAUUCCGGAACUAAAACAGUUUUGGAAAACCAAUCACACUGGUUAAAUGGUUUGAUGGUUUAAUGAUGAUUUGAUCAGUGCUUAUCAUAUUCAAGAUAUGUUUAUAAAGUAAUCAUAAAAGAGAAUAUUUAUCUUCCUGUUAAAAUCAAACUUAGACAAUUUCUAAUCUAUUCUCGGAGAUCAGAUAUCGGUAGUCUUUUAUACUAUUUGCAACACCAAACAGAGAUAUAUAUCAAACCUUAAACAUUUUUAUUUUGAUGACGAUUAAGGAUAUUUUAUCAAAUAUGUUCCUAUCAUAACGAUUAUGGUUACUCAAUGAUAAAAAAUAAAUUGUGUGCAAUUUUUAUUCACAGAAGAAUUAUUGUUUAACAUCAUGUUUUUCUAUACGAUAUAUAAACUUUUAUUAAAUUAUUUGUUUGUUUGCAUUUUGCAUCAACAUAGAAUUUAAUAUUUGCCGCACAAAUGGGCUUUGCUAUUUUUAUUUUCGCUAAAAGUACUUAUAUUUGAAGAUAAUUGGUCCGUUCUUUUUCGUUAGAGCAUAAGUGUAUAAUUAAAGCAAACUCUCCCCUUUUCUCUAUGAAUAUCCUCUACGGAGGGAGUUGGUAAACAUGGCCUUUAUCCUCGUACAAUAUGAAAAAAGGUUUUCUUUCGACAAAACAAUUAUGUGUUAAGCAUAAGGGUGAUUUGUCACAGUUUUUUCACUGUGACAUUGAUCUAAUGCAAGGAGAUUACAUAUCACCUUCUUAUAUUCUUUUUAUGUCAAUGACAUUGAAAUAGAAUGAAUAAAACAGGGUUGUCAAUCAUAUGACAUGAGAAUGCCCAAUCUUUUUUAUUAAUGUAUGAUGACGAUACUGUUAUUUUCUGCUAAAAUAUAAAUGAUCUUCAAAAAAGGAUAGAUGUUGUUCAUAUAUGUUCUGAAGGAUAUUAUUUGCAUAUAAAUAUGGUGAAAACUAGGAUUUUUUUCUCUUAGAAACAGAGGUGUUAUCAAACCAGAAGAAAAAUGGUUCAUCAAUGGGGAGUAUAUUGAGUUAUGUGAUGAAUUUAUAUAUAUCUUGGUAUGAUGUUAAAUUAAAAUGGUAUUUUUACUAAUAUGUUUCAAGCAUAUUGAAUUAUGGUAGUGAGGUGUAGGGAUAUCAUAAAGCAAUUGCCAUUGUAACUCUUUAUUUAUAUUUUUUAAGAGAAUUUGAAAGUACAAAAGAGUUCUACAAAUAACAUGGUGUAUUUUGAAAUGGUAGAGUUCCAUUGUAUGUAGAGAGGUUAUUGUAAAAUGAUGAAAUAUUGGUGUAAAUUGUUAAAAACUGAAAAUCGUAUUCUUGAAAUUUUUUACGCAGAAAUGCUGAAGGCUAGCUAUGUAAAAAGUAAUGAAUUGGUCAUGUAGAAUAAGAGAUUUAUUAUGUAAUUAUGGCCUAAGUAAUGUAUGGGUGACACAAAAUGUUUUAAAUGAAGAUGCUUUAUAGCUGAGUUCAAACAGCGUGUUACUGGUAUUCUAUUGGUGAGUCUAUUUCAGCGACAGAUUUAGGAAGCUUUGAUUCUAGAAAAAGAAUCCACGGCAAAUGAACAGGCUGACGUCACAACAAUGGUUUAAGUAAUAAUUCUUUGAGGAUGAAUAUCAUUUUAUUUUGGAAUGUAUUAGAUAAAAAGAUAUUCGUAUGAAGUAUAUAAAACCUUAUUACUGGAGAAAUCUAUCAGUAUCUAAACUUAUAGAAUUGUUAUCUGUUGGUUAUAUAAAAAAAAACUUAAUAAUUUUUAGAAGUAUUUAUGUAUUGCCGAAAGAAUUCGUAAUUUUUGAAUGUGUAUAUAUAUGUGUUAUACUUCAAGAUUGUAAAAAUAUAUUAAUUAAUAUCAUGCUCUUUCAUUUGUUUUGAAUUGUAUGAAUUGUACUCAUGAAUUACUAUAUUGUACUAUGUGAUGCUUACUAUAUUUAAUGUAAUAUUAAUUGUAAUUGAUACCUAUAAUACAAGUGAUUAUCUCCCCUUA